UGUUUACAAAGGGACAGCUGACUGAAAACCACACGGCGUUGUCUCGGGCGCAAGAUAUCACGGUUUUACGUCAUUUAUGGCUGUAUUUGUGGCGUUUCCUGUCUAGUUUCAGCAAUUCCAAGCACAUUGCAGGACUCACCUGAUCUUGCAAGGGCGCUUUGCAACGGCGGAGGAUGAAGACCAGCGGCGAUUUCCGGGACCACCUCGUCGACCUCACGGACGACGGCACCAGACAGAACGACCAGAACGCAGAGAGGCACCCCCAGAGGAAGAACACACCUGGACGAAUGAGACUUGAGAAAUGGCUACACUCAUCCAUGAAAAUUGAAAUGACAGACGGCCGGACUCUCGUAGGCUCCUUCGUAUGCACUGACCGCAAUAACAACAUCAUCCUUGGGUCUUGUACAGAACACCUUAGACCCGAUGAGGACGGACGAGAGGAGGAACCCCGCGUCCUAGGUCUUGCCAUGAUUCCCGGAAGACACAUCAUCUCCAUCUGUAUAGAUGAGGCUUCUCAGCCCCCCCAGCCACCGAGCAGUAUGUACACCUAGCAUAACAUUCACUGCUGUGGGAGGCUGGCUGGGUAAGGGGGGCUGAAAUACACGAGCAUUGAGGAUACGGAAAGAAACAUUUGGAAGCACACAGCAUUUAGCGGCGUGCAGUCUGUCAGAGGAGGCUCAAAGUUAGUUACAAUUCAACAGCAGUCGUCUGUGGCCUUUGUAAAUGUGAUUCCAUGUUUGAUAUUGAGAAAAUGCCCCCAAGAUUUUGGAUGUUUUACGAGCAUCAUGGUUGGAAAAUCACAGUUCACGUACUUUGACGUUUGCUUUUCACCGAUUUUACAGGAGAUCUAGUCACCGUUAUCACUUCUCCAAGUGACAUUGACAUAGGAAAAGAAGUAUUUUAUUUAUUAAACUUUGGGACUGACUCACCGAGAGGAAAAUAGUUCCGAAGAAAAGGUUUUCCGUGACAGUUGCGCAAUAUGCUACAUAAUGUGGUUUUGUUAAACUGAUAAGAUUAAGCUGAAGUCACUUUGAAGGAAUAUAUUCUUACAGAUAUACUGCCUGUGACUCCUGUUUUGACACUAUAAUGUAAGAUUUUAUGAUCAAUAAAUCAUUAUAAGAAAAAGUU